UCUUUCUGAACAAUUUACGAAUCAGUAUUUACUUGUUAUCAUGGUAACUGUAAAUAACAGAAUCCGUAUAAUCGAUAUAAACUAGCAACCAUUACAUAUUUAUAUUUAAAAUCGUAAUGGCUGGCAAAGGCAAAAAUAAGAAGAAGGAAAAAAAAGAAAAAGAAGAUGCCGGUGAAACUAAAGCCAAAAAAGGAGGGAAAAAGGGCAAAUCGAAAGGGAAAUGCAACAUCGACAUGUUAACUGACGCCGCAAUGAACAACGUGUACUACGCGUGCCACAAUGUGCAGGAACUGCUCCAAGCUAGAGGAUUUCAUCCUCCAGAUUUCAACAAGAAGAAGAAAAAGGGAAAGAGAUAACUGUUAUUUUUAUUAUUUCACAGAAAUACGCCUCAUUGUGUACCUAUUUUGCAUUAGUUAGUCAGUAUAUAGUUAUCUAAAAUACC